UUCUGUUUUGUGAUUACAAAAUUAUCACAAGGUCAACGUUGCAAACUACUGAAAAAGUGCGAUUGCUAAAAAUACACCAUCCCAAAGAUGUGUGGGCCUACUGCGGGUUCUCAAUUUAGACCAUCACUCGUCAAAUGACUGAAGUGUCUUCAGCAUGACAAUUGCGUAAAUCACCACCCUAUUCACUGAGGUUUGCUGUGUUGGCACCGCUCAUGAGGGAGCGACUUUCUGGUUGCGCAGCUAACGGAACGCUCGCUAGCACUUUCGACGUAACAGCUGAGUGGGAAUUAAAUUACGAAAACUAAUUGAACCUCCGGGUAAUGUGAUGAAAGACCGCAUAAAUCAAAAGGCAAUGGCAGGACCGAGGCCUGUGGUGAUGAGUGGCCCCUCUGGGGCGGGGAAGAGCACGCUCCUCAAGAAGCUCCUGAAGGAGUUUGACGGGGUCUUCGGCUUCAGCGUAUCCCAUACAACAAGGAACCCUCGUCCUGGAGAGGAGAAUGGCAAAGAUUACCAUUAUGUCACAAGGGAGACAAUGCAGGCAGCUAUUGACAACGGGGAGUUCAUUGAGAAUGCUGUAUUCUCAGGGAACAUGUACGGAACAAGCAAAGCUGCGGUACAGGCGGUGCAGGCUAAGAACUUGAUCUGCAUCCUGGACAUUGACAUGCAGGGAGUGAAGAACAUCAAAAGGACAGACCUCGAUCCAAUUUAUAUCUCCAUUCAACCCCCAUCAAUGCAGGAGCUUGAGAAGCGUUUGAGGGAUCGGAAAACGGAAUCAGAGGAAAGUCUCCAAAGGCGACUGAAUGCGGCGAAUGUUGACAUGGAAUUGAGCAAAGAACCAGGGUUAUUUGAUGUUGUCAUCAUAAACCAAGAUCUUGACAAUGCAUAUGGAAAAUUAAAAGAAGCUCUUCUUGAGGAAAUUAAAAAGGUAAAAAACACACCCACGGCCUAAGCCACCACGCAUAGGCCCCCCUUCUCCUCCACUCCUCACUGCUACAACACCCGUCCAUGGGGAUCCGUCUCGGAACAUUCCGCAUCACCGGCAGAUUCUCAAAUUUUAGGGAGAAUGUUCUGGUACAAAAGCAAGUUGGAUUAUGUAAAAUGAUAGGACGAUGUUCUAUGAUGGGUUUUUUUCCUUUUUCUAUUCUUUCAUUCUCCCUUUGGACUGAUACUAUACAGCCCAUUUCCCCUGAUGGGCCUGGCUUUGUAGUGUCUAUGCAGGGGCAGCGAUUCAUUUAUGCAGGUUUGGAAAAUCUUAACAGCAGGGUAAUGGCGUAGUUUACACAUUCCAAGUACGCCUAGCAUUUUGCAUUGCUACCCGCUAAUCCCAGUUAAAUAUCACAUGAAUUGGAUAUUUAUGUUCAGUUUACCAGUUUGUUAACAUGAGGAAAAAAAUAGGGUGAGGGAGCCGAGGCUGCUCAUGUGUAAAUAAUAAGUUCUUUUUGAAUUCCUGGCCAAUGGUCACAAAUCCAUAAACACAUUAACUGAUUUCUUAACACAAAUGCAGAAACAGUGGUCAUAUUUUCUGUGGUUUCUACCGACAUUAGCCUCAACCUUGUUUUGUCUUUACACGCUCUGUUAUUACUGAAGAAUAUGACUAAUGCCCGGGUUAUACAUUCUAUUGCCAUAGUCUAAUGAAAUACUCCCUGCUCAAACAGUCUCUGGGUUCUGCGAUGAAUCAAUGUGCUGCCCUUUUGGACGUUCAUUUUGUGAAAGGAUUCACACCUAUUCCGUGUUGAUUAUUGUACUCACAAUGAUUGGCAGCUGUACUGUCAAAACUCUGGGACACUCAAAAAAAAGAGAACGCAUUGGUGUUGCACGCUUAUGUGUAAGCCAUGAAAACAGUCUGGGUGUAGCCAAUUCAGACCUAGAAACUGAGGGUAAAAUGGGCCUGCGGAUCGCGGCAUCAUGGCUGGGUGGCCUGUUGAAAAUGACCCAGUCAUGCAAGGUCGAUGAAGAGGCUCGUCUGGACAAACAAACAAACAAACUAUCUUAUCUACAUGGUGUCCUGUAGAGUUUAGCAGACCUCUCAGCUGUUGCAGUCCCAACACCUCAUGCAAAAGGGAUCGAAACGGUGUUGUCAUCUUUGCCACUCCUGAAAACAUUGACCAAUGUGUUUUUGUUUAUUCUUUGAUUUGUGUUGAGGUUGUAAAAAAAGUAUGCUAUUUAUUGAGUUAUCUGUUGUAACAGGGUUGUGUUAAGAAUAUUGUAGAACUGAGAGAUUGUAUUUCUCUUUUUUCUAAAUCAUGAUCUGGCCCCAAGGUAUUGUUCCUCAUUUGGAAGUCUAUUUUGUCCAAUAUUUUUUUUAACUAAUAUUUAUGAAUAGAUAUUUUUUUGGUUUGUCUUGGUCUUAUUUUAAGUUAUUUAUCUCUAUUUAGACCUUUAGGAUAUACUCUUUUUUUAUCACAAGAAUUAUGGUGCGAUUAUGAAAUGUAAUGCACCUUGUAGAGACGGCCCGUGAUCCUGCUUAAUAAAAGGCAGUUGGCUUGGUGGUAGUGCAAAUAGAAGAAUUGGAUUUAGAAACUGAGCACACUUGGAAUCCACAAUACUUGAAUGUGGCUAUAUGAAAUUCCACAGAGGUUUUUCUUUUGUUUUGUUUUUCCUUUAAUGUAGCCAAUGUCCUUAAGAAGGUUUUUUUUAUACCGUCAACUGUUAUUUAAGUGUUCGCUAAUAAAAGUGCUUUAGUGAUAAUGUGCACAAUUGACUAAAAUUUACUCACAAUAAAAUAAGUGUACAUCACCUAA